AUGGACAUUGACGAACUCGAUCAGCUUUUGCUUGACGACUAUGAUGGCUUUAACAAUAACCAACAACAAGAGAAAACAAACGACACCUUCGAUCCCCUUGCACCGUCAUCUCCUUCAGAACGCAAUGCACCUCCAGCUGUUGGCAAACGACGACCUUACAAACGACUCGACGCUGAUCUGUUGUUGUCAUCCAAAGGAUUAACACGGUUACGAUACGAGGCCCCUUCAAUCAAAUUCCAAGGCAAAGGAUACGAGGAUACAGAUUUGCGAAAGCUGAUGGAUUAUUAUCAAAUGUGGGCACACAAUCUCUAUCCUCGACUCCAAUUCAGUGAUUUUGCACGAACUAUCCUAAAGACGACAGCCAAUCCAAGAGUCAAGGCCAAACUACAUGAAUGGCAGGAUGAGCACAGAGAGAAAACGGACGAAUACGCACGCAUCGCUCGAGAACAAGGGGAAAAUGGCGAGGGAGGAUAUGAGGAUGGUGAUAAUCAAGAACAGCAAGCCAGCAGUGAUAAUGAAGACAGCGAUCAAGAUAUGAAUGAUGUAUUUAUGGAUUAUCUGGUGGGCGUCAAAUCAGGAGCCAUUUCGAUUGAGGAUGCACCUCCAGUACCAGAGCAAAAUAACAACAAUGACAAUCCUCGACCAAACAAUGACAUCGAUGAUGAUGAAAAGGAGGAGGAGGAUCUUUUUUUCAAGCCAGCCACUGAAAGAGAACCAAGCCCAGGUCCAGGAUCCCCUAUGGAUAUUUCAAGUACCACUCCACAAAGACCUACAUUAUCCAAGGAAACGAGCAACAUAUCAGCUAUGAAAGGGAUAACAUCCGAUGAUGAUGAAGACGACGAUAAUGAGCCACUCUUUAUGAAUCGAAGACCACGACGGAUAACAACCGAAGAUGAAGACAUGAGCGAAUAA